GGCUAAAUUUAGGCAGCCAGUCUGGGAGGGAGGGAAGGAAGGAAGGGAAAGAGGGAGGCUCUUCCUUGUUUUGGGGGGAAAGGGGGGACAGUGGGGAGAGCCAGGCCCAUGGGGGCCUUGGAGGAAAUGGGGCCCAACAGGCAGCAGCAGCAGCACUCGCCUGGGAAGCAGCAACAACGACCCCGCGGAGGAGGCACGAGGAGAAGGGAAGAGGAGACCAGCCGGAGGAUUUCAGCACCACCAGCCUUGAAGCUGCUGUCCCGGCCUCCCCGGUGCUAAUAUGGCGAAGGAGAACUCGGCCUUCUCCGCCAUCCCCGAGACCCCGGUGUCCGAGUCCAAAGUGGCCCUGCCUUCCCGCCAGCUGAAGCCGGCCCUGGCCCGGCGCCUGGGCGAGGAGCCCGAGAAGGCCGAGAAGAAGCGGGGCCGGCAGCGGUACGUGGAGAAGGACGGCAAGUGCAACGUCCAGCACGGGAACGUGAGAGAGACCUACCGCUACCUCACCGACAUCUUCACCACCUUGGUGGACCUCAAGUGGCGCUUCAGCCUCCUGGUCUUCGUCCUGGCCUACGCCAUCACCUGGCUCUUCUUCGGACUCAUCUGGUGGUUCAUUGCCUACUGCCGCGGAGAUCUCGACCACCUUGGAGACGAUGCCUGGACGCCCUGUGUCAACAAUCUCAACGGCUUCGUCUCGGCCUUCCUCUUCUCCAUCGAGACGGAGACCACCAUCGGCUACGGCCACCGGGUCAUCACGGACAAGUGCCCUGAGGGCAUCAUCCUGCUCCUUCUCCAGGCCAUCUUGGGCUCCAUGGUCAACGCCUUCAUGGUGGGCUGCAUGUUCGUCAAGAUCUCCCAGCCCAACAAGCGUGCCGAGACUCUCGUCUUCUCCUCCCAUGCCGUCAUCUCGCUGCGGGACGACCGGCUCUGCCUCAUGUUCCGGGUGGGAGACCUGCGCAACUCCCACAUCGUCGAGGCCUCCAUCCGGGCCAAACUGAUCAAGUCCAAGCAGACCCAGGAAGGGGAGUUCAUCCCCCUCAACCAGACGGACAUCAACGUGGGCUUCGAGACCGGCGACGACCGGCUUUUCCUGGUCUCGCCCCUCAUCAUCAGUCACGAAAUCAACGAGCACAGCCCCUUCUGGGAGGUCUCCAAGGAGCAGCUCCCGAAGGACGAGUUCGAGAUCGUGGUCAUCCUCGAAGGGAUGGUGGAGGCCACAGGGAUGACUUGCCAGGCCCGGAGCUCCUACUUGGUGGACGAAGUCCUCUGGGGCCACCGCUUCAUGUCGGUCCUCUCCUUGGAGGACGGCUUCUACGAGGUGGACUACAACAGCUUCCACCUGACCUUCGAGGUCCCGACACCCAGCUGCAGCGCCCGGGAACUGUCCGAGGCUGCGGCCCGGAUGGACGCCCACCUCUACUGGUCCAUCCCCAGCCAACUGGACGAGAAAGUGGAGGAAGGGACCGAGAAGGGGGGAGACGGGAACAAGGAGAGGAACGGGAACCUCACCAGCCCAGAGAGCGAGUCCAAGGUUUAAUGGGGGCAAAUGGGGGGCAAGAGAGAGCCAAGACUGGGCACCAAGGGUCAGGCUAAUGGAGGAGAAGGUAGACCAAGCAGAGAAGCAAAGAGUAAGUAGAGGAACAGAGAUGGUGGGCAUUUCCUUGUGCUUUUGGAUACUUUUGGAGUGGAAUUGAGUGCUAUUUCUGGAAGCCUAUGCAACCAGAAAUAUUAUAGGAAAACUAAACAUAGGCACUAGGCAUGUCCGAUCGAUGAAAAAAAUGUUUCAAUUCUCGUUUCUAAAGUAGGGGGCGCUGGCGCUUCGAUAUAGAAAAUAUUUCCGAUUUUUUCACCCAAAAAUUUCGGAUAUUUCCAAAAAUUCGUAAUGAUUCUAAAUGUUUCUAAAAUGGCGGACGCGCAUGCGCAAUCGCUACACACCGGGCUUGUAUGGCAAUCUUCCAUGUCGACGCAGAGGACGUUAGCCCCCACCUUUGCGUCCAUCGCGGAAGCUUCUGAUUGGCCGGGGAGCAGCAGCCAUGUUAGGCUGCACUAAGCUCCCAUUCAAGGUAGGUUGCAGAAUCAAAAAAAUUUUUUUUAAUAUUUUUAAAUAUAUAUUUAAACAAAUUUGGGGAAUUAAUGAAACAUUAAGAGACAAUUAGAGAAUGGGCCAACAAUGGUUCGAAUUACAUUGCUGGUUGCGCUGUGAGACAAUGUCUCGGAAUGCGUAUCAAAAAGCGAGAACAAUCCGAAAUAAUUCCGAUAUACGAUUUUUUGCACAUGUCUAAUAGGCACACAGAGAAAAAGAGAUGAAGGUUAAGGGAGAGGUGCCAUGGACACUGGAAUUUGAAAAGAACAGCCUUGCGCUUGGCUCCAAACCAUCGCUAAGGAAUAUCUUGUUGUUGUGUGCCUUUGUUUCCAAUUUAUGAUGACCCUAUUGCAGGGUUUUCUUGCGGAGAUUUGUUCAGAAGAGGGUGUUUUUUGCCUCCCUCUGAGACUGAGAAAGUGAUUUGCCCAAGCUGAGUAUGGAUUUGGACCCUGGCUUCCAGAAACCAGAGUCCAACAAACCACUCCAUCACAUUGAGAAUAGGAUGUUUGAGAUUCGUUGUUUUGGGCUACAAGUGAUAAUCCCAAGGAGGAGAAAAGAAGAGACUGGAGAGUGAGAGGCAUAUCACAAAAUGAGCAAUGUUGUCCAGAGAGGUGUCAAAGGAACAUGUCCUUGUCCUAUUUGUGGUGCCUCUUGGCCUUUCUUCUGCUCCAUAACUCUGCCAAGUUGCCCCUUGCUCAACCUCCCCGUAGGACACCCACAAAGACUCACAAUUGCCCAUUUUUCUUUCUUUCUCUCUCUCUCUCAUGCACACACUUUCUUGCUGCUUCCCUGAAAUAGUUGGAUAUUAUGUCAAAGAAAUGGUUUGCCCAGGUCUUUUAGCAAGGAGAGCGAGCCAUCCAGGGAUGGUCAUGAAAGUAGUGCAGAAGGACCCUUGGCCGCAGGGUUUGGUGUCCAUGAAUUUUCAAAUUUAAUAUUCUAAUUUGGAGACAGGGCCUAGUUUGGACCGAAACCCAGAGCAGGUUUGCACUUCCUCUGUCUUGGGAGCCCCACCCCUGCCUGUUGCCACUGCAGCUUGUAGACUACAAGUCCCAGAAUCCCCCACCCAAGGGGUACUUUUCAGAAGGGUGUUCUGGCUCCAGUUGCUGCCUGGCAUCUUCUCAACCGGCAUCACCAGACUUGCAUGUGCCGAUACUCCCGCCCACCCUCGACCCGUCCCUGACAAUUCUGUAUUUAAAUCAACGAAUAAAGCGUUUUGGUCCACUUUC